AUGGUCACCUGGGAUGAGGAUAUCAACUUUGCGAGCGCUUUGCUUCUGCACAGUUGCCUGACCGUUCUCAUUAAAGAACUUCUCAAUCUCGUUGCGAUCGUCAUCAGGCUGGUGCCCUUCAGCCGCAAGGCUCAACCUGGAACCCCAAACGCCUGUUCCGUUCUUCUAGACGGGUACACUUCAAUCCUGUCCAACGACAGCGAUGGCGACCUUGCCGAGCUGUACUUCACCAACACGGGCCUCCUUCUUCUGAGCGCAUCCCUCGCCUCCGCCAUCGCCAUGAACCUCUUCCUGUCCGACAUGGUUCUCAACGUCUUCGUCGCCUGCACGUUUGGCUUCUGCUUCGUCGUGUCUGUCUUCUCGUGCCGUCGAAGCUGGUUGCGGUUCAUCCUCGCCCUGCGACGAGCGGGGCGGUUUGUGUGGUCUGAUACGCCGAGUAUCGCUAUCAUUGAGCUGGUCUUUAUGAAAGCAUACAUCGCGGCGGCGAGCAUGGACCGUCAAAUUGAGCUGUUGCGUUCUUUGCACAAGUCCCGGCUGGUGCUUUUCCAACAGGAAGGAAAGCCACAGGAGACUGAGACUACCGAGUCCCCUCGCCUUGAAAGAAGCUCAAUCGUUCCCUUCACCACUGCGCAAAGGAUGUCAGUGAUGCUCAUCAAGACAACCGUUGGACACGACUUUGGAUCAGUCAGGGGCUCAAAAGGCCCCGGCAGCAUUCCUGUACCGCCUAUAGGCUUCUUUACGAAUGAUAACGUGGGUUCGGGAGACUGGCGUGUCUAUCGCCUGCAGGACGACGUAAUGCUGAUUGCAGACAACCUGCGUGCUACGUAUCCGAAGGAGUGGUGGAAGAGGCUGAUCAAAAAGAUGCACGGCAUUUUCCUCAAGCAGCUGAAGAAGAUACGGGUUGUUUACCUCUUGAGAGUAGGGCAUAAGUUUGUUGGAGGCGAAUCCUGCGAAAGGGAAGUUUCGCUCUGGGUGUCGAAUGUGAAUCUCGUGACUGGUGUUAGUAGCUCUGUUCUAGAGUCUUAUACAUUUGUUGAACACGGAAGCAUUGAUGAUGGUAGGGUUCUAUAAGUGAAGCUAGUCAUUAGAGGAAGCCUGGGCUACGAAGGUUUUCGAUCGCUUCGUCAAUUGAUCAUCUAUGAUGUAAUUGCUCAAGCUUCAUGUAGGACUGUAGUAAUAAGUGAAAG